AAUAUUAAUACAUCAUGAUGAAGCAAAUACAUGCAAAAAAAAAAAACAGAAAACAAUCAAGUUAAUGUUCAAUAAAUCUAAACGUGUUCCAUGAACUCUUUUAUUUUGAAACCGGUGACCGGAAGCGUGGUGCCCUGCCUCGUGACAGGUCGUCAGGUGUUGGUAGAGGAGAGGAGAGUUGCCGUCAUGUCGCUGCAGUUUACAGAUGAGGAGUUUCAGAGUGCCUGGAGAGAGCUGGAUGAGCCGCAGCUGGACGGAGGAUGGGAGCUCUUCACCGAGACGAUGGGAGUCAAAAUCUACCGGCUCUAUGACAAGGAAACUGGACUUUAUGAGUACAAAGUCUUUGGUGUGCUCACCUCCUGCACUGCAGAGCUGUGUGCAGAUGUCUACAUGGACUUGCCCUAUCGGAAACAUUGGGAUACAUAUGUGAAAGAGCUCUAUGAGAAGGACUUCAGUGGACAGAAGGCAAUCUACUGGGAAGUAAAAUACCCAUUCCCUCUGUCAAACAGAGAUUACGUGUACAUGAGGGAGCGCAGAGACCUGGAGGUGGACGGCAGGAAGAUCUGGGUGACCUUGGCCAGAAGUGCGCCAGAGAUACCGUGUGCAGAAAAGAGUGGCACGCUGCGUGUCAAAGACUACAAGCAGAGCGUCGCCAUGGAGAGCGAUGGAGGCUGUGGAACUAAACUUUUCAUGAAUUACUUUGACAACCCUGGUGGCAGUAUUCCUACCUGGCUGGUGAACUGGGCAGCAAAGACUGGGGUUCCAGGUUUCUUAACAGACAUGCAGAAGGCCUGCAGCAAAUACAGCGACUACUGCCAGGCCAAAUGAAUGUGACUGGACAGUGGCUCAUGCACAAGGGCUCAGUUUAAAUUUUCUUGUUUUAGUUUUGGGAGGUAUUCUGAUGCUGUAUGAUCAAAUUACACUUUUCUGUAUGGGGUGAAUGUGGCAUGGUGUGGGCUGCUACUUGUCGUUGUAGCAUGCUGAUGACUCAGGCAUGAUGUGCAUGACCGGCCGACCUCAUUACUGGGCUGGUGUGAAAUCAAUUAUGUUUCAUUGUACUGUAUUAAUCAAUACUGUAUUGUCUUUUCUGUGCAAUCACUUUAACCUUCAGUCACUCCGGGAUUUAGGGGCUUUCAUAGGAUAUUUAAGCUUUUUUUUAAUGUUUAUUCAAAAUACUCAAUAUAUAUUAUUACUUUGGGGCCUCCAUGGUUAAACAUGAUUAGUUCAAAUUAGUUCAGUUUCUUGCAUAGGAUUUUAUCCUUUUACCUUGUUUUAAAUGUGCACUUUAAAUCUUAAAUGUAUGGAAGCCCUGAGAGGCAAGUCAGACAUUUUUUUUCUGGCGAUCCAUUUUCUAAAUCUGAUCUAAAUAGUUUUGUCUCCUGUGUUUAUGACAGGUGAUUUUAUUUUUUUCAGGAGCAUUUAUGUUUUCUUCCAGGUGAGUUUUAAUUUCUCCAUGCGCUCUAAUCACAAGGCACAGAUAUCGUGUGUUAGCAGGUUAUGUAACAUUACUGUCAUGUCUAUUAAUCAACGCUAAUCUGCCGUUCGGGAAAACAUGAAUGCUUUUAGCCCUAUUUAGAACAUGGAGUAGUGGUGCUCGUCAGCCUCUUGUGGCCAAAAUGAGUAUUACAACAACAAUGAUACCACAAAAGUGCCGCGAUACGAUUUCGAUUUGAUUCAAUUUGGGGGCCUGUGAUCGAUAUGAGACGAUAUCAUAUGUCCAUUUAACACAGUCAGUUACAUUUAUAUCAACUAAAAAAUGAUUUGACAAUUUUGUUGCUGGGCUCUUCCAGACAUUUAAAUGAAAAACAAUCUAUUCUUUUUAAUAAAAAGAAAACAAAUAGACAUUCUGUUGUUCACAUUUCUCAUGUUUAAGCACUGUUUGAAUGUGUAGGAAGGAGGUGCGCUUGGACGUAAAUGGUGACACGGACAUGCCAAGGGAAUUUAAAAAUAAAGGCGUAUCUUAAAGAUGAUGUUAUGUAUAUCAAUGUUGCAGAAUGACAAUAAAUUAUUAUCCUUCUUUAUAAACACAGGAGAUAAAACAAUUUAAAUCAAACUUGGAUGGAUCACCUGAUUAUUUUUCUCACUUCUCUCAGAGCUUCUGUAUAAAUGUGAUGGAUGCAAUAUAAUCAGAUUUAUUGUACUGUAUGUUUUGGAAACACUAGAAUCUUCAGCUCAAUUCACUGGAAUUCAUUCAUUAGUUAUAAUAAAGUGAAAAUAACAAAUCUGCACUUUUGGAGGAAUGUUGCCUGCAGAUCUUCUUGUGAUUUAUUUCCAUGGGUUCAUUACUUAUGCAAAGAUCAUGUUAUGAUACUCUAUGCUGAUUAAUUAUGGAAGGUACAGUAUACUGUAUUGAUUUAGGCUGUACCUCAGUGCUCCUGUUGAUGCAGGUGAAUAAUCUGGUCAUGAAAAGCCUAUUACUAUGUAAUAUUGAAGUGUUAUCGAAAUUAAUAAACUUUCAUUUUAAAUUUA